UUUCUGACGGCCGCUAAUCCUUAAUUCAAAUUUCUACCAACUGUUCUCGAGGAUAUCCUUUAAUGGCAAUUUUCCUCCAUUAAUGUGACCAUCUGUACUGCAUAUAAGUGCAUCCGAUGGAGAAUUCCCAGGAGUCUUUCAAAAAGCUUCGUGGGCCAUGUGUCGAACUGAGCUCCGUUGGCCUCAAAUUUCGAGGUCAACAAGCAACUGCCAAUGAUGUGUACCGAGUACUCAAUCCAGUAUAUAAUGUCCUGAACGACCUCGCCAAUAAGAAUGCGCUAGACGCCAAACUAGCCGAAUAUGCAUUCUUUCCUCUAUCUCACAUUUUCAAUGAGACCAAAAGAGCUCCAGCGAACUUGCUUGAGCUGGCUGUCAAUUGCUUGAAGAUUCUUGUCACCAAAGGAUGGCGGAGAAAUCUGUCACCCGCGUUGGGCAAACAGCUCAUCAUUCUGUUGACCUUAAUCGUAGGCGGCAUUCCAAGCAAUAUUAGCGGAGAAUCACCCAAAGCCCAGCCAGUGGAGCUAUCUAUUGCUGGCUUUGAAUGUCUAGAAGCCAUCUUUGAUGUGCUAGAUGGCCCUGUCGCCAGACAAACGGUCUAUCACGAGAUCGGUACCUCCACUGUUGUGGAUCAAACUGUGUAUCUGUUGCUUGAAGGCAUCACCGAUAAUAGAUCUGAUGAGCUGUGUAUUGCUUCUGCAAAGGCUCUCGAAAUUCUCACUCAACGCAUCACGGACCGGGUUGUGUUGGCGAGUAUCAUGCCACGCACGGUGUCAGCUUUGACUAAGGUUAUCAAGCCUACCACUCAGACAAGGCGUUCAUAUCGGAUGAUCUGUGUUUGCCUUCAGACACUUGAUCAUGUCCUGAAAUCCGUUCUGAAUGAUCAGGCAGCAAUGAUACUUGAGGAGACUGCCACUCGGUCCCAGUCGGCGGGAGACCAGCUGGUGCUUGACAAAUCGUGGCUAACUGCUACAGCGACACAAGUAAAACUCGCACUGACGAACAUUGUGCAAGUAAGACGCCAUGAGCGACUGGAGGUACGGGAGGCCCUUUUGGAACUCUGUAUCAUGGUUGUGGAGUACUGUCGGAACACGCUACAUGAAUCGAUACCCACCGUGAUUGAAACGAUCGUGGUUUUAUCGGAUGCGGAGGCUACGGUCGCAGACAAGCCAUAUUCAUCUCUGAAACACAUGGCUACAACCUAUCCUAUAGUCGUGGAUUCGCUCAGGGACUCGCUCCAUACAUGGAUCACUGCUUUUCCGAGAACCAUGCAAGGCAAUGACGAAACAGCGAAGCAGUGGGCAUUCAAACAAAUCUCAACCGCAUUCCAGAUACUGUCCGAGACCCAAUCAAGCUCUGAUAUCCUCACAACCAAUCUGGCCUCGGGAUUGUGUGACAGUGUUGCUGCCAGCAUCAUCCAUGCAAAUAAAUCGCUCGGGACGUUGAGUCCCACAAGAGACAUACAAUCAAUGGACAUCAUCCACCAGGGAACUCACUCGGUGUCAUUCGCACCGGUGCUUUUCGAACAUCGAAGCCAGCAGCAAACUCUCAAGGAUCUUCAGGCGAUGGUUUUUCGGCUCAGUGGAUUCGAAUCCGGCGACGAAAUCACGCGGUUUAUCAUCAACCGGGUACACAAUGAGCCAGGCAACUCCAAGAUCGCGCCGUUUUGGUUAGCAUUGAUUUUCCUCAAGUCCGACGUCCAUGGCUCGGCUUUCUUUGACGAUUUCAUAUCCUCCGACCUACUGGAGUCUUCUCCAAACUCUACCAGGACUAGCAUGAUUGAAGAGUUAUAUUAUGCUUCCCUGCCGAUCUUGAACGAGCAAUCAUCUGAUGAGCCAGACUGGCGUAUUUCGGCGCUAGCAUUGGAGGCUGUUGCUCUCCAAGCACAGCAGCUCGGAGAGGCAUUCCGUCCAGAGCUCAUGGACGCCUUAUAUCCUGUUCUCCAAUUGCUUUCCUCUGGCAAUCCCUACCUUCAACAGCAUGCGAUGACAUGCCUCAACCUCCUCACUACGUCAUGCAAAUACGACAGCACAAGCAGCAUGAUCAUAGAGAAUGUUGACUAUCUUAUCAACGCGGUUGGAUUGAAGUUGAACAUGUUCGAUGUCUCACCGCUCCCACCUCAGGUUUUGUUUAUGAUGGUGAAACUGUGUGGUGCCCGAUUGAUUCCGUACCUGGAUGACCUGGUAGACUCGAUAUUCGGUGUGUUGGAUAUGUACCAUGGGUACCCAAAACUCGUCGAGACGAUGUUCAAGACGCUGGCUGCUAUAGUCGAAGAGGGCACCAAGCAGCCAUCACUCCUAGCCAUCGAAAGCGGCAAGGAGGGGCCUAUCAACCACCGCAAGAGACUGUAUCAAAGCUUCCGGGUUUCAACGCUUGCUAAAGACCUGACGAAGCAAAGGAUGAAACGUGCUAAACACGCGCAGGAAGCUCUAGCACAAGACGAAAAGCUUUCCCACCCCAAGCGUCCUUGGACUGCGAAGUCUGAAGAAGAGAAAAAAUCCAACUUCGACACCGUCUUCCAAGAAACCCAACAGGCCCCUGAAACCGAAGAAUCAGACGAGCAGCUCCCCCCACCUCGUGAGCCCGACGACAGCGAGAAGCCACUAAGCAAGUCGCACUCGCUACUGCUACACAUCGUCAAAUCCAUACCCGUGCACCUAUCCUCGCCAUCCCCCUACCUCCGUCGCUCUCUGCUCUCCAUCCUCAUCCAAGCCAUCCCCGUUCUCGCCCAACACGAGAACAGCCUUCUACCUCUCAUCAACGACCUAUGGCCACCCGUAGCAGCAAGAAUCACAUUCCCCGCCUCACUAAACACCACCCCGUCAUCAUCAUCAUCAACAGCCCUCCUAACCAGCGACUCCCCCAACAAACCGAACGACAAAAAAACCAGCCCCGAACCAGACCUCCAAGAAGAAACCUUCGUCACAACAGCAGCAUGCACAGCCAUCCAAAGCAUGUGCCAAAACGCAGGCGACUUCAUGGCGACGCGCGUCGAAGCCGAGUUCCCCCGCUGGGCCCGCCUCUACCGUCGAGCCUGGGACAGAGUCCGCUCGGAUGCAGACAAAGCCCUCGAGCGGCGCGCGAGACAGUCCUCCUCUUCCUCCUCCUCUUUCUCCCCUUCAUCACCAUCACCCAUCACACCCCUCGACGCCAACAAUGACAACGCAUCGACGCCUUCGCAAUCCCUCAUCCCCUCCCUCUCCCUAACAACGGCCGGUACCCGCGCAUUCACCCCCCACCACACCCUCUGGCGCGCUCUCAUCACCCUCUUCACGACGCUCCUCACACACGUCCGUCUGCCGCUCGCUAUAGGCGACGAGAUCUGCGAGUUCAUCGGCGCGUGGGUCGUCCGCUUCGCGGGGCCAGAUGCUUCCUUGCAAACCAACACAACCCCACGAGAAAGCAAAGACCGUGCUGAACUUGACACCAUCCGCGACGCUAUCGUUGCGAUGGAGACGUGGAAUGCGGAUUUGGCGUGGUUUGUUUUGGAGAGGCAGAGGGGUGAGGUGAGGCGGUUGAUGGCUGGGAAGAAUAGUAACAUCAAUGCUGAGACUGCAAUGUCUGGUGCUGGGGGUGGUAUUUCGCGUUUGGGCGUUCCUAAGAUUAUGGAGAUUGAGGAAGAGCCGCAGAGGGAGUGGGUUUUUCCGAAGGGGGUGGUGAGGUUUGCGAGGCCUGUUUUUUAGAAGAUAGGAUUGUGG